ACGUUCGUCAAUGUUAGAAUUUUAGUGGUUUAUUUGUUAUCUUGUGCUUUUACCUUACUUUGAAUAACACUUMUAUCAAUUUCAAACAACUGGAGCAUUUAAUGGCUCUUAUAAAAAGCGAUAAUGGCGAAAAUCCGACCGAAAAUCGCAAGCCAAAGAUACGAGUUCUGGAUGARGAAACGUACGAACAGUCAUUGGAUAAAAUAAUUCAACGGGAUUUCUUCCCGGAGUUGAACAAACUCAGAGCWCAAAGUGAGUACCUUGAAGCUUCAGAAAACAACGAUGUUGAGAGAUUACGAGAAAUAUCGGCUCGUUACAACAUCUCUCAAACYCCUGCUAGUAGAAUUGGUGAGUUUGAUAGCGAUAGUGAAGAAUACAUCAUUUAUAUAAUACACAUGACUCAUCUUAUUACAAUAUGGUUUUUAUUUUCAGGAGUUGAUGCAUCACCUCUUAUGACUUGGGGAUCCAUUGAUGGAACACCAUUUAGACUAGAUGCUAGUGACACACCAAGACCAAAUACCCCAGGACAGGUGUUCAAGAUGCCUGAACCAAAGAAAAGGGAACAAAUAGGACUUGCACUUGCAGAGAAAGUCAGUAGGAAACACAGAGAAAAGACCAGACAAGCAAGAGCUCAAGCAGCAGCAAUGAUUGGGAAGAGUCCAUCCUCUCGAUUAAAUUCAGUAGAGCGCCUSAAUACUAUGUCACCAGCAGCUCAACGUCUUGCAUCUCAAAGACUUGGUAUUAAGACUGGCAGUGAUAAGGCACUCCUUGCCAGCUAUACACCUAGAUCAGAUAGAAUUACUACCCCUAGCCCAUAYACACCUCGCACCCCUACCACGCCCAAACAGACCAACACWCCUUCAAGAGAUGUAUCACUGACAGAUAACUUGCUCAAAUUACCAAAGCGAUGACRGACUUGUUACUGAUGUAYUGUUGUAAUUUUAUUCAAUGUCAAUMYAUUUUAUAUUAAAAUAUUCAUAUGUCUUA